UCAGCUAACCCACGUGGUGGAAGAGGACACAACUGUCAAAAGUUGUGAAUGAAUGAAAACGCGUUAAAACUCAAGUCUGUGACAAAUACUACUUGGAAUUGUUUGUUUUCGACAAAACUUCCAAAACAAAAUGGCGUAUGCCCAUACACUUUUGACAAGUGAUGUUUUUAGGCUCCACAAAAAAUAUGAGUCCAGACGGCAAGUGUCUGUUAGGUGAAAUAUGACUAUUAAAAUAUGGUGCUGAACAAGUAGGUGAUGCAACUUCUUGAGAGGAAUAAAAGAGGUAGUCAACAGAGAGCAUGGAGGUUUUGUCGGAAGAGAAUUCCCCGGACCUUUCAUCUGUAGACACCACCAGUAUGACGGAUCUGGCGACAGUGAACAUCGGUGGUGCCGUGGGGGAUUUGUGUGAGGUAGCAAUAGGCGAAUCUGUGGUACCCACAGUUAAAGAGGAGGGCGGUAUGAGCAACGACAGUGUGUGUGCAAUAAUCAAAAAGGAAGUAGACAGUGAAGAACCAGCCUCAGAAAAUGUUCUACGAUUAGAAUCCGGUAUUGCUGAUGGUUACAUUAUAUUAUCCAGAGAAGCUGCAGCUUCCUUGGGUAUGAAUUCUGACACAGCUACUGUUGAGACAGAUGUCACUGAGCCUGCCAACAAGAGAUUUAGGUUCCAGGGUGAGGAUGGACAGUCGUACGUCCUGACUGUGGCAGACAGCACCAAUGGAGAGAACCCAGACAUCACACUGGAUGACCAGCACAAGAAUCAAGCCACUGCAGCUGUUCAGAUGGAAGAACAACAGCUUCCUUUAGCAACAGCAAUGGCUUCCACUGUUAAUGUUCCGUUAGUGACAACCACACCAUCUGUGUCUGAGCAGCUCCUGGGACAAGGAAAUACGGGCAAAAAGGCCCCCGGCAACUCUGACGUAACUCAGGCCUGGUUUACCACCCGGUUUGAUAAGGUCGCUAUGCAAAGUAAAGGAGCCAGCUGGAAGCAGGGUCAGUGGACUAAAGAAGAAAUAGAUGUUUUGCAGUGCAACAUUGAUGCAUACUGCAGGGAGCGUGGUAUCAGCGAUCCUACUGAAAUCAUAUUUGGCAUGUCCAAAGACGAAAGAAAAGAUUUCUAUAGGACAGUUGCCAAAGGUUUACAGCGUCCAUUGUUUUCUGUGUAUAGACGUGUCACCAGAAUGUAUGACCAGAAGAAUCACAUGGGCAAAUACUCUCCAGAGGAAAUGGCCAAACUGAGGGAAUUACGUUGUAAAUAUGGCAAUGAUUGGGCAUCCAUAGGGUCUGUGUUGGGGAGAAGUGCUUCAUCUGUCAAAGAUAAAUGUCGGCUGAUGAGAGAUACAUGUAAUUCAGGUAAAUGGUUGCCAGAAGAAGAACACAGACUUUCAGCAGCAGUUUAUGAACUAGCAGGUGUCAAACCAGGUGAGAAUGUGACAAGUGGCCUCUCCUGGGCGUCUGUAGCAGAGAGAGUUCUCACCCGCUCAGAGAAACAAUGUCGAACCAAGUGGUUAAACUUUCUUAACUGGAAACAGAAGGGCGGGACAGAGUGGACAAGGGAAGAUGACAUCAACCUGGUCAUAAAAAUUGCUAACUUGGGUGUAUCUGAUGACACUGAAAUUGACUGGACAGAGUUAGCUAAGAACUGGCCAAGUGUACGGUCACCACAGUGGCUACGAGGGAAGUGGUGGUCUCUAAAGAGACAUGUACCAGAUUAUCAGCUGCUGUCAUUCUCAGAUCUGAUUACAUUUUUGAAAAAUGUACACCUACAAAAUGUUCGAAUGAAGAAUCCUGUAACAUCUUCUGGUAUGCGACUUUCUCACAUUGGAUUGCCGCGACAAGUAACGACCGCAGAUAUGACUACACUACAGAUACCCAUGUCCCUUAACUCAAACCUACAUUCACUUCCCAUACAAACAGCAGGUAACCUAGACACAGGAUCUGUAGAUGGGGAUACUGCUUUCCAGACAUUCGAGGUACUACAUCAGACAAGUUCAGGAACCUUUCUUAUCUCUCAGCCCCAAAACAGUCCAGUUAUCUCCCUUAGUGGGGCUGCUAUGGGGACUGACCACAUCAUUGUACACACUCUACCUACCACCACAAUAAGAGGCAAUGAGAAUGUAACAGUACAGAUGAACCCCACACCUGUAAUACUGAGUACUGGUCCUUCACAGGACGAGGUGUCCGAGGUGGUGGCCACACUGGACGCCAGCGAGAUGUCCAGCUCCAUACAGCUAACUGACACCAUCACAGAAUCAGAUCCAGAUCUACAGACGCUAAGCCAGGAUGGCCAGUUGCCAGGAGAUGAGGGCGAGAUGCCAGGGUCAGGACUUGACAGUAGUGACCAGUUAACUUCUCGAGGUCAAAUCAUCACAAGUGAAGAAAUAUUUGAGGCUGAGGAGACCAACAUUGGAAGCUCGACUGCAGACACGGUGGACCUUGUUAUGGUCAGUACAACGUCCCCUUCCUUUGUCCAGACCACCAGUAGUGAACUCAUGUCAUCCCUAUCAGAUCCCAUGUUACCGUACGGAGGGUCAGACUUGAUAGGGUCAUCAUCCGACAUGGAAGGAGAGAAAUCACAUGGUCAGAUCUGUGAGAAUGACACAGACAUCACUAGUUCAGAUAUCAACGGGGCUGACAGUUAGCACAUUGCUCUCAGCUCGCAAGACUUAUGUGAUAAAUAUAUUUAUUAUUAGACAAAUGAUGAUAUUAUUUGGUUUCUAUUGAAAAAAUGCAUUCAGUAAGAAAAAUGGUUUAAUAAAAAACACAAACACAAUUAAUCUGCUGUUCUAGUUUUGUUAAAUUUUGACUCAAAACUCUUUAACAUUAAGGUAUAAAGACGAUUUAUUACGAAACAGGAGUUUGUUUAGAAUGAAUGUUUAUGAGAGCAUUAUUUUUGGUUUGUAACAAACUUUUUUCACGGAGAUUAUCUGACAUCAUACAUCUUUGGAAUAAUCCAUAUACAUCAGUUUGUCAUAAAGACAAGGUUAGUAAAGUGCAGCCAGUAACAUAGGAACAAUGUAAACAAUUCUCAAUGGAGUUUCAUUAAUUUUCUUACAUUUGAUCAGACUUCAUACACAUCAUCGACAUGGAAGUGAACUUGUCACGGGUUUGGUUUUCUUCAUAGUAUUGUUAUAUUACUUUGACAUCCACUGUUGGCAAUGUUUAGCCUUUACUGUGUAUCUUAUGGGGUAGGGGCUCCAAAAGCGGGAACAAGGAAAAGUUUUAAAACUUUACAAGUUAAGCUAUGUCUGGACGGAGAGAGUGGCUUAUGGGUUUGUCCAUUUCAGCCCUAAACUGGGCAGCACUAAACGUAGAAAUUCCAACAUACUAUAUCAACAGUAAUUUGAUUAAUUUUGUCAAUUAAUGUUGCUCUGAAAUUUUUGUGUUAGAGAGUUGAUGAAUCAUAUUAUUGGCAAAGUCCACACUGAUGUAAGUAUUAUGCUUUGAAAGUAUUAAUAUCUUUAUGUAUAGUCAAAGCUGUGAUAUCUCACACCAUUCUUUCACAGGGAUCCUUGAACUUCAUUCCAUUUGACUCUGCUCACAGACUAUCAAUAAACUUUAAGGUCGUGUGAUUUAUAUCAUAAUAAUAUAAUGGUACCUUUGUUGAAACUAACAAAGUUGCACAUGAUUGUCGUAAAGGAUGUUUUAUUUUUUGAUGCAUUUGUGGAGUCGUACAUCACAUCUCCUACAACCUUAUUCUUACAGAAAUAUUUGUGUUCAAAUUGUCUAAAAUUGACACUAUUAGAAAAGAAUGGUUUAAUGACAGUGUGAGCUUGGAAGUUCAAAGCAAAACGUCGAUACAGUUUACCAGGUAAUGUCUAGAAGUAACAAUGGACCUUUAACACAUGAUAAAGAGUCUUUAAGACGCAUGGUUUAUUUUACCUUGUGCAUAAAACAACUUUAUUAAGUGUUUUUAUUAGGUCCUUUUGAAUUCCAGGAUGCUUUUCCGACAGAAGUGAAACCCAGUUAUUUUGUAUGUAGUGCUAACAAAGGGUUUGACCCAAUACAAUGUUUUCCAGCGAAUUUAUAACUUAUUUCCUUAUUUAUCAGCACAGAUCAUGUGCAUGCAUGUGAUACACAUUUGCUCAAUAAUUAGAAUUUUGUUGUGGUGAGAUUCCAUUGUAUGGUUUGUUGUCUUCUUCCGUUACCCAAGAUCUUUAUUUAAUAAAGAUGAUACUAUUUU